AUGAUUUUGUACGAACAAAAUAACGGAUUAUCAUCGAAUCUUUCAUUUACAUUUGAUUUUGGUAAAAAUCUUUCCAAUCUUGAUUGCCAUUCAAUAGCACUUAAUGGCGAUGAAAAAUAUCUUUUGCUUGUUGGCAAUCAUGAACUGAAACUAAUUAAUUUUGAAAGAUUUUUUGCAUCGACUGUUAAUACAACCAGCGAUGAUAACUCAAGUACAACACCGUCUUCAUCUUAUAUUGAAUCAGUACCUUUAUUUGAUAUAUGCAAUAUUAAUCGACCUAUUGUCCAAUGGAAUCGUCAAAAUCCAAAUCAAUAUGCUCUUGCUGUUGAUCGUCUCGUUCGUUUCUACAAUGUUGAUCAUGGACGUAUACAAGAAACUAGUACAAUCAUCGAUACGCACCAUCAGCGUCCUAUAUCGACGAUCUCAUAUUGGCCUUAUGAUCCUUACUGUUUAUUAACCGGUUCACUUGAUGGCCAAGUACAAAUAUGGGAUAUUCGAAAUUUUUCACCAAAAACACCAGCCAAUUUAAGAUCAACACUGUCAACACCAUUUAGUAUUCGCCAUAUAAAAUGGUCAUCAAUGGAUUCUGAUAAAACAAAUACAUCCAAUGAUUCUAAUCUAUUAGCUGUGCAAUGCGAUCGAUGUGUACGUGUAUAUGAUAUGCGUCAAACAAAUUCAUAUCUAUGUUCAAUUGAACAUAACCAACGUAUUUUGAAUAUCGAUUGGACAAUGCAAAAUCAUGCGAUUGCUACGCUUUCCAUCGAUAAUUCAUUACGAAUAUUUUCUACAAGUGGACAUUUGUUAGCUGAAUCUAUACCUAAUGAACAGUUACCUUUUUCAUUAAACACAAUUCGAGCAACAUCUUUUGAUAAUCUAUUUAUUUGUGUAUCUUGCGACACAAUAUCAUCAACGUUUGGUUUUACUGGUUGGCGUUGCGAUGAAGAUCAUUAUUUAAGACCAUUGACUGAUCAUAUAUUCUCAACAAGUUCAUCGUCUAUUAUUGAUUUUACUGUGGUAACAAGUUCACAAUUUUCAACUUUAUUUAAUCAAAUAUUUUCAUCGCGUCCAAAUGAUGAAUUAAUAAAACAUUUUCCGAUUUUAGCUUGGUGUCGUGAUGAUCAAUUACGCUUAAUUGAUAUGGAUCCAACAUUCCGAAAAGUUUGGCAUGAUCAUAAACGCACAAUACAAAGAGAGCAAGCUGAUUUAUUAAAUAUAAAUAUGAUGUCCAAAUCAUUACCGCCAUCAUCAUCGUCAUCAUCGUAUUUGUCUCGACAAAAACAACAAUUAAAUCGAACAACUACAAGUAAAAUGAGAAUGGAUAGUAUUGAAGACGAAAUCACUGAUGUUGGAGACAGUGACUUAGAUGAUAAUGCAGUUUCUGAUACAUGCUCACCUCGAUUUAGUGCAAUUGAUCUACUUGAUAAUGAUGAUGACAAUGAUGAUGAACAUGAUUUAUCCUUUGUUCCCAACGGCCUAGAUAAAACUACAACAGAAGUAUCUAUUCAAAAUGAAUUAAACUCCUUGCAGGAUACAUAUGGACCACAUAUAAUUGUUGAAGUAAAAGAUGAACACCAUCGAAUGUGUAUACUCCGUUGUAUUUAUCCAAUUGAUGCCACCGGAUCAUUUCGUAUAUAUUUAUUUCUAUCACGUCAUUAUCCAAUAGUAUCUCAAUUAUUCAUACGCUUUAAAUUAUUAACAUAUAAUAAGAAUAAGAAUAAGAAUAAGUAUAAUCAUGAAAAUUUAAGAUCUUUCCAAAAACGCAUUCAAAAACUAUUCGAUGAAACAUCAUAUAAAUGUUUUUAUUAUGGACAAUUAUGUUUACAUACAUGUUUAUUAAAAUUAAAACAUUUAUUUGAUUCAUAUUACAAACAGGAAAAAUUAUCUUUUAAUAUAAUGACCAUGAGAUCAAAUAAAAAACAACCCGCUGAAUCAAUUCAUAGUUUAUAUUUUGAUUCAUUCAAUGGCGUUAAUAAUAAUGAUAUUAGUAAUAAUAACAGCAACAAUCAUAAUAGAAAAAAUUCAAAUCGAACAUUUGAACCAUCGUCAUUAUCGUCAAUAUAUACAAGUGGUAGUCAAAUAUCGAAUGGGCCAUCCAUUCGAGCUAAUCCACGUACAUGUGGUGCUCGUUUUACUGGUGGAACAUACUUGAUAUGUUUUGGUCGCACAUCAAAUCUUCAACAACAACAACAACAACAACAACAACAACAACAACAACAACAACAACAACAACAACAACAACAGCAACAACAGCAGCAGCAGCAGCAGCAGCAACCAACGUCUGCACCACCACUUCUGAAUAGUAUUAAUGAUGUGUUUAGCAAUCUAGCACCACCAAUACAUAUGAGAUCAAUGAGUUUAACAGUAACUAAAAGUCGAGGAAAUUCGAGCACAGAUGAACAAUCAUCAAGUUAUCGAUCAUCAACAACACUAACGAAUACAGUACAAAUUCAGAAUCUUUCAAGCAAUCAACGAACAGCAAUAUUUUCGGCUCCUGUACGUUUAUCGUUAGGUUCAAGUAUAGUAAGUGAACAUCAACGUAUACCAGCAUCAACAACGCCAUAUCGUCGACCUCUUAGUCAUCAUAUAUCACAGCUUCAUUCAACAGUAUCAAUUUAUGAUAUGUCAAUACUUUUACCUAUUAGUAAAAAAUUAGCUGAUGAUUAUAAACUUGACUUAAAUAAUCUAGCCGAUAUGUGUGAAAUCAAUGAACAAUUAACAGAAAAUAUGGCUAAAGAUGAGCUAACUCAUUGUUGGCGUCUACUCGGUACUUUAUUAUCUUUACAGCCAAGUUUACCAAAUGAUCACUCUUGGUUUCAAUCACCCAUUGCUCAAGGUUUAAUUAAACAUUUAGUUUCCCAUUAUGCUACAGAUGGUGAUAUUCAAUCGGCAAGUAUGAUUCUAUUAGCCAUGUUAGAAACACCCUUUAUGAAGACACAAGCUCGAUUAAAAUUUUUCAAUGAACAUCAGUAUGAUCCAAUUUUAUAUGCAUAUGCAAAUUUAUUACAUCGCUGGAAACACUUUUAUAAACGAACACAAAUAUUACAUCAAAUUGAUCAUAAUUGUCAAACGCCAGCAAUAAUAAAUCAAAUAUCAUCGACAAUUAUUUGUUCAAUUUGUUUACAACCAGUUAUUGGUCAGCAUCUUCUAUGUGCAAUAUGUGCACAUGGUGGACAUUUAAGUCAUAUACAUGGAUGGUUUUCAUCGUCAGACAUUAAGCAUCGAUAUUGCCCAGAAAAAGAUUGUGCGUGUAGAUGUGUUUUGAAACAGCAAGAAUUAUUAAGCAUAAAUACAGAUUAUAUACAAAGAUAUCAACAUACGCCUACAUUAACGCCGAGACCUUUCAGCGUUCGUUCAACAUCAACCAGUGUGCGUCCUUUUUGA